GGCCUCCCGUUCCCCCGUGUGUGUGUCGCGCUGUGGCCGUGUCGCGAUAUGGAGACCCCCGAGCUCCUGCCCCGUCCCGGGGCUGCUCCCGCACGUGUCGCGGUGACCCCCGCGCUCCUGCGGCGGCCAGGUGCUGUUCUUUGGAUUUGGGUGGCUGUUCUUCAUGCGUAAGCUCUUCAAGGAUUACGAGGUUCGACAGUAUGUGGUCCAGGUGAUCUUCUCUGUGACUUUUGCCUUCUCUUGCACCAUGUUUGAGCUCAUCAUCUUUGAGAUUUUGGGAGUGCUGAACAGCAGCUCUAGAUAUUUUCACUGGAAGCUGAACCUGUGUGUCAUUUUGCUCAUCCUGGUCUUCAUGGUGCCCUUCUACAUUGGUUACUUUGUUGUGAGCAAUAUCAGAUUGUUGCACAGACAGAAACUCCUUUUUGCGUGUGUUCUGUGGUUGACGUUCAUGUAUUUCUUCUGGAAGUUGGGGGAUCCGUUUCCUAUCCUCAGCCCAAAACAUGGAAUCCUGUCUAUAGAACAGCUCAUCAGCCGCGUUGGUGUGAUUGGGGUGACACUCAUGGCUUUGCUGUCAGGAUUUGGGGCUGUCAACUGUCCAUACACUUACAUGUCCUACUUUCUCAGGAAUGUGACAGAUGCAGAUAUUCUGGCUCUGGAGCGACGACUCCUUCAGACUAUGGACAUGAUUGUUAGCAAGAAAAAAAGGAUAGCAGUGGCUCACAGGACAAUGUUCCAGAGAGGAGAGGUGCAUAACAAACCCACUGGUUUCUGGGGAAUGAUAAAGAGUGUUACAACAUCUGUUCCAGGCAGUGAAAGUUUGCCAGAUCUGUCCCUUAUCCAGCAAGAAGUGGAUGCCCUGGAAGAAUUGAGUCGGCAGCUUUUUCUGGAAACUGCUGACUUGCAUGCAACAAAGGAGAGAAUAGAGUAUUCCAAAACUUUCCAGGGAAAAUACUUUAACUUUAUGGGUUAUUUUUUCUCCAUCUAUUGUGUCUGGAAAAUCUUCAUGGCAACCAUCAAUAUUGUGUUUGACCGUGUGGGGAAGACUGACCCAGUCACAAGAGGAAUUGAGAUCACUGUAAAUUACCUGGGAAUCCAGUUUGAUGUCAAAUUCUGGUCUCAGCACAUUUCCUUUAUUCUUGUUGGGAUAAUCAUUGUUACCUCUAUUAGAGGGUUGUUAAUCACACUUACAAAGUUCUUCUAUGCCAUUUCCAGCAGCAAGUCCUCCAAUGUCAUCGUUCUGCUUUUAGCACAGAUAAUGGGUAUGUACUUUGUGUCGUCGGUGCUCCUGAUCCGGAUGAGCAUGCCCCCGGAGUACCGCACCAUCAUCACAGAAGUCCUGGGAGAGCUCCAGUUCAACUUCUACCAUCGUUGGUUUGAUGUCAUAUUCCUAGUUAGUGCCCUCUCCAGUAUCCUCUUUCUCUAUUUAGCUCACAAACAAGCCCCAGAAAAGCACAUGGCCCUCUAAGUGAGAACUGCAGCCACGCACUGCUCUCUGUCCUUUCAGCUGCACUGCUGCAACUCCUGUGGAUUGCACAAUGUGAAGAGAGCCAGGACUCUUUUGUGUGUUCCAGCAGCAUAACUGGCUCUUUGAACUUCCAUACAUGUCACCAUCAAGCUCUGUGGCUCGUUUUAUUAAGGUGCUACAGCUGGAGGGGAAGAGGGUGCACGUAUUGAACGUGAGACAGUUCAUUGCCAAGCAAUAAGGGCACUCCCUGGUGCACCACUGCCCAGGGACGUCAGAACUUGCAUGAUAGGCUGUCUGAGGGAACACCUCUUAAUGUUGGAACAACAUCUUCAUAGAAGGCACCAAGGAAAUGUGAUUUUUCUUUUGAAAAUCGGUUCAUAAUUGGGAUUCAGAGGACGGCAAUCCUGGAAUUGAAUGUUUGAGUCUGUGGAAUUAAAUAAGCUUUUGUAAUAUCUCAUGCAA